GACGACUUAUAGGUUAUACUUGAGCGGCGCAUCAUAAUCAUCAAAAGAGUCUCAAAAUGGCUCGUAAAGGACAAGUUAGUAUUCAAGAGACGGUGGAGAGCAAUGAGGAGUUCGAGGCUUACUUGGCAGCCCACUCUCACCAACUGAUCUGUAUGGAGGUGUACAGUGAAUUCUGCGGUCACUGCUUGGCGACGGGCAAUGCGAUCAGAAAAGGAAAACUAGAAAUCGGACAAGAUCAAAUAGCCAUGGUUAAAGUACUAGCUGACAAAGUAGACGCCGUAUCAAGGUUCAGAGACAAAAGUGAGCCGGUAUUUCUGUUUGUGCUGAAGGGCAAGCUGACGAGAGCGAUGUUCGGUUCCAAUGGAAUCGAGCUGAACCGUAUAAUGGAGGAAGAGCUGGCGUUCAUGAAGAAGGAGCUGGACACGGGAGUGGAGCGACCGAAGCGCGCGAUACAGGAGUUGCUGCCCGAAGAGGCCGCUAGGAUCGAGGCAGAUUUAAAACUGGAAGAGGAAUACAAAGAGGCAGCGGAGAGACUACGCGUCCUAACCCUCGCAGCCAGGAAGAGGCGCGUGUGCGAGAGGCUCUCCCACCACGUGACUAAGAUCAACUUUAUCAUGUUCUGGCCGCACUGCCACCAAGCACAUUUCGACCAAUAUGAAAAAUGGGACUUGCUCAAUGUGUCGGUGUUUGCCAAGGAGACGUUCCAGCUGACUGAGGAGCUGGCCCGGGAGGCGCUCUACAUGAGUGACGUAGACCUCAACCCCGCCUGCCUGCACGCGCUGCUCUCUGGUGAGGUGCUGGUCGUGCUCUUCAAGAUGCUCGACACCGACUAUCGGGACUUCGUCAGACUAAUGCGUCAUGCGCUAUACGAAGAAAUACCAAUCCCUAAGGAAGACGUGCCCCCGGAGAAGCGGGUUCCUCCUAUACCAGCGUAUGAGCGCUACGCUACCAUCAGUAAGACUGCGAGGGAAGUGAGGAGGGAGAGGUAUGAAGCCAAGAUGCAGAAACUGCGUGAGGAAAGAGAAGAAAGAGAGCGGCUGGCGGCAGAGCAAGCUCGCCUGGCACGCGAGGCGGAGGAGGAGCGACAGCGAAUAGAGAAGCAGAAGCAGGAAGAGGAGAGGAUGGCGAGAAUGCAGGCGGGGUUACCGGCUGACCCUGAACCAGAGAAAGUCGAAGAAGACGGAGCGGAGGAAGUAGAGGGAGUAGAGAGAGCGGAGGGAGUAGAGGGAGAGGUAGCUGCGACCGAAGCUACAGAAGAGGUUGAGGAUCUUGGAGAAGAUGGGGAAGUGGAGCAGGAGUUCCACUCGGACGUGUCGGUGGAAGGCGAGGAGUACAUCCCGCCGGGAGGGCUGCUGGUGCCCGGAUUGUACACGCCUCCCAACGCACUCGCCAAAGCCAAUGGACUCGUCCUAUUCUUUCCGAAGGUGGUGGCAGAGCUGACCACGAUCGAGUCUGAGUUCCUGCCGCCGCACGUGCUCGUCAUGUUCCACGUGGAUAAGAGGCAGGAGGUGCAGGAAGUAAUGCAGCAGUUCCCUGAGGAAAUACUUAAUUAUGGCAUCUUCGUGGGUGACGAUCCCUAUUCCGCCGAGCACCUGGCCUUCACCAUCAAGCAGUACAACCAGAUGGAGAGGCUCCGGAAACACAAGGACCGGCUGGCGGUGAUGGUGUCGCGGCGCCGCAGCCUGCCGUUGCUGCAGCUGGCUGGACUCAACCCGACGUACAUCAGCGCGGACGCGGCCUCGGGGGAGCGGGAAUGCCUCGCCCUGUUCCCGGUGGGCUACGGCGACGACUACCUGGAGGAGGAGAGCCUGCAUGAAGAGGAGAUCAAGGAGGUGGAUCCCGAGCCGGAACCGAAGGCAGAGCCUGAAGUCGCCGAAGAAGCUGCUAACGAUGACGACAAAGAAAUCGAGGAUGACGAUUAAUUGAUCGUUACAAUGAAACAGACGAUGGCCUAGUAGGUACUGUAGUACACAC